AUGGGCCAGAAGAAGGAUCUGGGGAACUACAGGCCUGUCAGCCUGACCUUGCUGCCAGGGAAGGACGUGGAGGAGAUUUAUAAAAUUACAACAACACCAGCAAGAAGAGAUCUUCUGAGAAUCACUUGUGUCAAGGGAAGACUGAAUUGCAUUGGAGAAGCAAAUGAAACUCCAGUCUGUAAAUCUCCCAUGGUCUAUUUUGACUGUAAAAACAACACAGCAGGAACAAGUGGAGCAGAAUGUCAAAAAAGUUGCCAGACUCUGGAUAUGCAAUGUUAUAGCUCACAAUGUACAUCUGGCUGUGUGUGCCCAGAUGGGCUUGUGUUAGAUGGGAAUGGUGGUUGCAUUCCUGAAGAAGAAUGUCCAUGUAUCCACAAUGAAGCCAUGUAUCAGCCUGGGGAAAAGAUCAACUUUGACUGUAACACCUGUGUAUGCAAGAAUAGGAAGUGGGAAUGUACAAAAGAUCAAUGUCUGGGCACUUGUGCUAUUUAUGGAGAUGGCCAUUAUAACACCUUUGAUGACAAAAGGUUCAGCUUCAAUGGAAACUGUGAAUACACACUAGUCCAGGACCACUGUGGAAAAAGUAGCACAGUCAAUGGGACCUUCAGGGUUGUCACUGAAAAUAUUCCCUGUGGCAACACUGGGACAACUUGCUCAAAAUCUAUCAAAGUUUUCUUAGAGAGCUAUGAACUGAUCCUUGGUGAAGAGCGUGUCAGUGUUGUAAAGAGAGGACAGAAUGACAAGGUGCCAUACACAGUCCGCUCCAUGGGAAUGUACUUGGUAGUUGAGACCAAAAGUGGACUGAUCCUCAUGUGGGACAAGAAAACAAGCAUCUUCAUCAAGCUCAGCCCUAGUUUCAAGGGCCAGGUCUGUGGUCUCUGUGGAAAUUAUGAUGGCAACAGCAUCAAUGACUUUACUACAAGGAGUCAGUCUGUAGUAGAGAAUGUCCUAGAGUUUGGAAACAGCUGGAAAGUAUCCUCUACAUGCCCUGAUGCUUCCAGUGUCAAGGACCCAUGUUCUGCCAACCCUUAUCGGAAGUCCUGGUCAGAGAAGCAGUGUAGCAUCAUCAACAGCAACGUCUUUUCUGCUUGUCACUCUCAGGUUGAACCAGCAAAAUAUUACCAAGCAUGUGUGACAGACGCUUGUGCCUGUGACACUGGAGGAGACUGUGAUUGCUUUUGUACAGCAGUAGCUGCCUAUGCUCAAGCAUGUAGUGAAGUUGGUGUAUGUAUAGCCUGGAGAAGCCCAACAAUUUGUCCACUGUUCUGUGAUUACUACAAUCAGCAAGGAGAAUGUGAAUGGCAUUAUAAGCCUUGUGGUGCUUCCUGUAUGAAGACCUGCAAGAAUCCAAGUGGAAAAUGUCUCAAUGACUUGCCAGGUUUAGAAGGCUGCUACCCUAACUGUCCACCAGACAAACCAUAUUUUCACGAGGAUCAGAUGAAGUGUGUUAGUCUCUGUGACUGUUAUGAUGAUGAGGAUGGAAAGAUAUAUAAACGGGAUGAAUGUAAUAUAUGUGAGUGCACAUCAGAAGGUUUACAGUGCAAGUUCGAUGAUAAAGCUUGCAACUGCAUUUAUGAAGAGAACAGCUAUAAAUAUGGUGAACUCAUCUACAACACCACAGAUGGAACUGGAUGGUGUUUCAGUGCAACAUGCGACGUCAAUGGAACAAUAAGCAGAAACAUCUUUAAAUGUGGCAUUUUUACAACAACCCCAUUUACAUUUUCCACAAGUCAGCCCACAACUACUGCUUCAGGUAUGCAUGAAUAAUCUUUAAAAUAAAUCAAAAAUCUCUGUAAGUGACUAAAAAUAAACUGAAAAGUAGGACCUUUUCAUCAGUUAAUAGUAUAUAAUUUUACUUGAAACUGUUGACUUCUACUGGAGCCACCAAUUCACAACGCUGCUUUAGUUGAAAAGGCAGACCAGAGUUAAGGGUGUAGAAAUGAAUACAGCGUUUCUUACAAAUUCAGUUUCCUCUGUUUCACCAUGGUGUUCCCAGGGGAAAAAUUAAUAGAGUUUAUUAAUCACUGCAUCCUGGAGAAUCUUCUCAUUUCUUUGCAAAAUAACUCAAUAGUCCUUAAUCAGCUUCUGAAAACAUUAAAGGCAGUUGCAGCCAUUUCUUAAAUUACAUAAGCACAAACUGAAGAUAAGAAAUUUAGUUUGAGGGAAUGUUUAAAUUAUUUAUAACCAUUCUUUGGAACCUUUCCUAAUUGUAUUUAAUACCCAAAUCAAUAGUUUCCUUCAACUCCUGGAGUACACUGAUACAUUAUUCCUGAAGUUAAUUAAUGACAGCGACCAAAUUCUGAGUAAUUGUAAGAAAUACAUCCACAAAAUUGUACUACAGCAAGAACUAAUUAUUCAACUUUAAGUAUUCUAUUAAGUAACAUUCAUAUUGAGAAAGUCAUAUCUAUUCCACAUUAUUAUCUUCAU